AUGGAGGAAGUUUCUAAUUUAUGCUCAAGCUCAAGCUCAAGCUCAGAUGGUGAAGAAGAUGAGAACGGAGAAGAGUGUCAUUGGUUUAUAAAUACUGUCAUUGAUGAUGAUGUUGAAAUAUUUUGGGAAUGUAUAAUUUGGUAUGUUGUAUCUGACUGGUUGGAUGCUAAUGACGAUGACAUUCUAGUACCGUGUGGGGAUGCAGAAUUGGGGAACUUUGAUGAAGUGGGAAACUUAGGAGAUGAAAGUUUAUGUCGUACACCAUCGGAGAAAAUUUUGAAUUGUGAGGGCAAGGGUGUAGUGGAAGAGGAAGUUCUGGCUACCCCUGUAGUUGGUAUGACCUUUUCAUCAUGGGAUAGGGCUGAUGAACAUUUUAGGAAAUACGGAAAGCAAUGUGGUUUUGGGGUUGUUCGUGCUUAUGGUAAUUACAGUCGCAAAGCUGGUGAGAAGAGGACCUUGAGGAGCUAUGUUUGGAAGUGUGAAUGUGGAGGCGAACCAGAUUUACGAUUCCGGACGAAGGGGGUGAAAGCUAAGGGGGCGAUGAUUACCGCCCCUGGUGUCCUUGACAAGAGGACUAGUAAGUCAAAAAAGUGUGGAUGCCCUGUUCAUAUGUAUGCGGUGGCAGACACUUCUGGAACUUGGGAAGUAAGGAAAGCAGUUGUUGAACACUUGAAUCACAAGCCAACGCCCCUUAAGUCUCGAUAUAUCUCAAUGUAUAGGAGAGAUAAUAUUACUUCUAUUGUGAGGAGGAGGUUAUUCAAUGGUGUUGGUGGUGGUUCCAAGAUCAGUAACAUUCACAGGAGCUUAGCUAAAGAGAGAAAUGGUGUAGAAAAUAUGUCUAUAAGUGUGAAGGAAUUGAGGAACAUAGUGGCGAAGGAAAAGAGGCUCAAGAUGAGAGGUGGGGAUGCGAAAGCCAUAUUUGAUUAUUUCGAUAAGAUGACUGCCGGAAACCAGAAUUUUUUCCAUCGUUAUAGAUUAAAUUCUAAGAAUCGCUUGACUGAUGUUAUGUGGGUUGAUGCAAGGAGUAGAGUAGCCUACCAAGACUUUGGGGAUGUAGUAUGUUUUGACUCCACAUAUGUCACAAACAAUUAUGAGCUUCCAUUUUCUAAUUUUGUGGGAGUCAAUCAUCAUGGGCAGACUAUUUUGCUUGGUUGUGCACUAGUGUCUCAUGCAGACACUGAAACAUUUGUUUGGUUGUUCAAAACUUGGCUCCAUUGUAUGGGGGGCAAAGCUCCUAUUAGUUUUUUGACUGAUCAAUGUGCAGCAAUGAGGGCGGCUCUUGAAAUAGCUAUGCCUAUGCCAACCACUAAGCAUCGAUGGUGCUUGUGGCACAUACUUCAAAAAUUUGGCAAAAAGUUGGGCAACUAUGCAAAAUAUUCGGAGUUCAAAGUUGUGUUACAUAACGUGAUUUAUGAUUGUUUAACAGAAGCAGAGUUUGAGGUGAAUUGGACUUCUUCUAUAGAGUUAUAUGGACUUGGUGAAGACGAUUGGUUAAGUGGUACGUCUGUCAUCCUUUUAUCUCAUUUAAAGGUAGAUGGUGUUUAUAGUUAUGUAAUCAUAAGAAAUGUUCACUGUGUUGUCAAAAUACUUCCAUCUAAUCUGUUAUUUCAGUUUGCAGAGAGCUACAUUGAUGCUAUGGAACACAGAGUUAAUACUGAGAAACAAGCUGAUGCCGACACAUCCAUUAAUGUUAGGGAUCGGGUAACUGGUUUUCCAGCAGAAAGAGUAUUUCAAAAGUUGUACACAGAUGCGAAGUUUUUGGAGGUUCAAGUUCAAUGCAUGAGAGUAUUAUAUAUCCAAUGGCUUAGAAGAGAUAAGUUGUUAGAAAUUGAAAUGGAACACCAUUUGGAAGACAGGGUAUGGAUUUACAUAAAGGAAAUUAGGAAGGAGAUUGUAACCGAUAAGAGGAGAAUUAACAUACACAGUGCGAUUGAAUAUCGAGACCAAACAAGCUUGUUGUGA